GUUAGAGCUAGGGUCCAACUCGAAUGAAUAGUAAGCUCGAUCUGAUCAUUGUGUCAUCAAUCAAAUUGUCACAAACACUCAUCUGCUGGCUCAUGUUCAAAAAAUUUUCUCCGUCGUCUGAUGUAGCUGGCCACACGCCUGUAAAAUCAUCAGUGCAGAGAGCAAUUCGUGGAACGGUGCUGUCCCAAUGGAAGAUUGAAUCUGAAACGCUGGAGGCUAUAUGGCCAAAGAAGGAGGGUUUGGUGCACGUCAAAUGCAGAGAACAUAUAUCGAUCUACACCGUGCACGGGGAGCCUCUUCUGUUCCAGCACUUUGAUGGUCCGCUCUACCCAACACUCAGGAUCCUUCAUAAAUAUCCUUACAUCCUGCCCAACGUCAAGGUCGAUCGUGGGGCAAUCCGCUUUCUGCUCGCCGGAGCCCAUAUGAUGUGCCCUGGGCUCACGUCUGCAGGUGGCUAUCUACCCCCCGCAGACGAGGCGUUGCCUGCAGGAACUCCGGUUGCGAUCUACGCUGAAGGGAAGGAACAUGCGGUGGGAGUAGGUAUCACGAAACUGAGCACUGAAGAGAUCCGGAACGUAAACAAAGGCGUCGGCGUCGAGACUGUUACCUAUCUCGGUGACGACCUUUGGGUACAGAACAGUUUGUAGUUCGUAUUUUAGUAAAAAAGACAUAUAAUCUCCGGGCCCAUCCAGACCUGCGGGUGAUUCAAUACAACAACAGCCUCAGGUCAUCGGGGC